UAGUUUCUGUCUUCUUGCAUGCUGUGAUAUUCUUUGCAGUUUCUAGCUACCUUCCAAUGUACUUACCAAGCUUGGCGCAUCUGCAACGGGAUCUGGUCGUCAGGUGAGUAUUAGAUCCAUAAUGCUUCCUUUCUCGUUAUGCUCUUCGAUCACGGCAUCAGUUAGUGGAAUCAUCGUGGCUCGCACAGGGUCCUACCGCCCUAUGAUGUGGUUCGGAUGGUCUGUCAUGACGCUUGGUUGGGGCCUCAUGAUCAUGCUGGAUAAUACGACCACUAUGAAGUCUAACCCCCUUAUUGCUUCCCUCGGUAUCGGUUGCGUGUUCCAGACCCCGCUUAUUGCCAUACAAGCAGCCAUGCCUCUUAAGGAUAUGGCUUACCAGCACUUAUCGGUCUUGAGAACUCUUGGGAGUACGGUGGGCAUGACGAUCGGGGAAACUAUCAUCUCCAGUGUUCUCCCGCAGAAACUGAAAGGCAUCAAAGGUCUCACAAUCGACACAUCUGCCGCGGCUUUGAAUGGUAACAUCAAGUGGAUUUCUUCCAUUUCUGUCAUGCACGCUUACACGCGCACGCCGCUAUCUGGAUUCGGUUUCUUUCUAGUUUCUCUUUAUUCGUGCUACUCGCUCAAGCGUACGGUCAUCCGCGGCGGCGAGAAUAAGCUGGAGACGCUGAGACUGUUGGAGACCUUGGAGACCUUGGAGACUUUGGAGAUGCAUAAGAAACCAGCUUUCAUUGGUGAUGCCACUAGAUCCACUGACUCAUUUGACGAUAUUGGCAAGCGGAGGAUAGAAGCAGAGGAUGAGGGAAAAGAUUUUUUCCCCAUAUCUCGGACAUUAAGGUCGUCAUACUAUAUGGAGAUCGAGACGUGGAAGGAUGUCUGGGUAAAUGGCUUGCGGCGUGUCAUUUCAAUUGAUACAAUGGAUUCGGAACAGGCUCCAUUCAAGCGAUAAACAGGUAUCUUCAGAACCAUAUUCUCUAUGUAGAAGUUGGACAAUUCACCUUGGUCAGAGCGGGACCGAUAUCGUAAGGGUCAGACUCACCAGACAUACGACUGUAUUCUGUAGAAAACGAAGAACUGUUAAUGGCAUCCGAUAAUCGUGGAUACCGUGGAA